UGAAACCUGAAAUAGAGUGAGGAUCAGCUGCAUAAGCAUCGAAUGGCUAUAGCGAAUAAUGGUGGUGUGUUCUCACUCUCACUCUCAGGACUAAGGGGAAGAAGGCCAGAGCAUUCGGUGCCUUCUCUUCCUUUCAGUUGCAGUGCCUCUGAAAACAUUCCCAUCAAAUUCUCAACCACCCAUUUCCAUUUCGGUUAUUCAUUUCACAAGCUUCAGCUUCGGUCGUUUAACACCAAAAGAAAAAUGUGCGGGGUGCCAGUGUCAAUGGCUAUGGCAACGGGGGCGCAUGAAGUUCUUCCACCGCCCCUUACUUCUACUUCAGCCCCACCUUCCUUGUUUGAUGGAACUACAAGGUUGUAUAUCUCCUACAAAUGCCCGUAUGCCCAGCGUGUAUGGAUCACCCGUAACUGUAAGGGAUUGCAGGACCAGAUACAAUUGGUUCCUAUUGAUCUACAAGAUAGGCCUUCUUGGUAUAAGGACAAAGUCUACCCACCCAACAAGGUUCCAUCUUUGGAACACAAUGAUGAAGUUAGAGGAGAGAGUCUUGAUCUGAUUAAAUAUAUUGACAGUCACUUUGAAGGGCCCUCCCUUUUUCCUAGUGGUCCUGCUAAGGAGUUUGCUGAAGAAUUGAUAUCUUACACUGAUACCUUUUACAAGACCGUUGUUUCCUCAUUUAAAGGAGAUGUGACUGAAGCCGGCACUGCAUUCGAUUACAUCGAAACUGCUCUCUCCAAAUAUGAUCAUGGUCCUUUCUUCCUUGGCCAAUUCAGUCUAGUGGAUAUAGCAUAUGUUCCUUUCAUUGAAAGAUUUCAACCAUUUCUAAUGGAUGUGAAAAAUUAUGAUAUUAAAAUGGGCAGGCCUAAACUGGCAGUAUGGAUUGAGGAAAUGAACAGCAUCGAUGGCUACAAAAUAACCCGAUCUGAUCCCCAGGAGCUUGUUGAAAGCUACAAGAAACGCUUCCUGGCCAAUCCCUAAAUCCAAUAUUUGGCGUUGGAGUACGAGUCAAGAGUGGCGAGAUUGAUUAAAAAAUCAGUGCCGCAUCCACUAUUGUCAGGCAUCACGCUCCAAGCGUCAAUCACUAGAUAGACUGAUUAUAUCAUCCAAAUAAUGCGGAUAUGUGAAGAUCACGGUGGUAACUUGCAUCGUCAUUGUUCAUUAUCUUGAACCGUAAUUUAAAAAACUGAGUUACUGAGGCGAAGUCAAGUAAAUUGUUGGGGCAUUUGUAACACUGAAAUCAACUGAAUACAUGUGUAGAAAAUAUUCUAGUUCCUUA